UGCGUCCCCAGCUACACUGACCACGACCACUGCUCAGCAAAAGGAACUAUGAAGCUGUUGAUACUGACGGCGUUAAUCGCCGCGGUAGCGUCGAGCCCGCUUACCCAGAGCAAAAGUUGGCCCUGGCAAGUAGGCAAGGACUACCACUACAAUGUGAACACGUUCACAUGGACCAAAUAUGAAGACAGCAACAGCAAUGGAAACGCUUUCAAGGCCGAGUUCAUCAUCCGUGUGUUGGCACCUGGUCAACUCCUUGCUAAGCUAAGCCAGCCUUUGUACGCUCAAAUAAAAUCGGAGGAGAUUACUUACAACGUUGCUCCCUCCGACCUCAAGUACGAGUCUGUUAAGAUCACUGACGAGCCGAUCGAGAUCUUAGUCGUAGGAGGCCGUGUCAAGUCCUUCAAAGUUCCAGUAGGUCUCUCUGUUGCUCACGAAAACUUGUUGAAGGGUCUGAUCAGCGCUCUCCAAGUUGACUUAUCAACUUUCGGACACGUUGACGACUUCCCCAACAGCUUUGAUAAGGAAUCCUUCCAAGGUCUCUUCAAGAAGAUCGAAACUGAUGUGACUGGUGAGUGUGAAACUCUCUACACUGUAUCCCCAGUUUCUGCUGAAUGGCGUCGUGAAUUGCCAAACUUUGCAUCUGAAGAGGAUCCUAUUGAAAUUGUUAAGAGCAAGAACUACGACUCAUGCAAGAAGCGUGCAACAUUCUUCUACGGUGUACCGGAAGGCUCUGUCUGGAAUGGAAUUGCUUACGAAAACGAACAGAAACAGUUCAUCAAGCACACUUCUGAAUCACGCACACUCGCAGGUAAACAAGGAACCAUCUACCAAACGGACGUCAUCAGCUCUGUAUAUGUGAACCCUCUCUUAUUCGGUAAGCAGAAGGCUGAAGUUUACAGUUACGUCAAAGCCGCUCUAUCUUCUGUCAAAGAAACAACUGGUGAGGAAUGGAAGAAACCUGAGGAAGUUCGUGAGAUCAGUUCUCUCAUAUUCUCCAUGAGUGAAUCCAUGUUCAUGCCUAAAUUCACCGACAAGACCAUUGCCAAUGCUCAAAAACUGCUCCAAGAUAUGACUCCUCUGUUGCAAAAUCCCGACCAACUAUCAAAGGGUGACUUCCUCGCAAAGUUCAACAUUCUGGUUCGCCUUAUUAUCUCCUUGGACUCUGAACAGCUAAACUUGUUGACUAGCAGUGUUGAAAUUGCUAAGGACUCGAAAAACUCUGCUAAGAAUGGCAUGUGGAUAAUUUACCGUGAUGCCGUCGCCCAAGCAGGCACUGAUGUUGCAUUCGAGCAAAUUAAAUCAUGGAUUCUGAACAAGAAGGUACAAGGCGAGGAAGCAGGUGAACUGCUCUCUGGUAUUGGUGCCACUCUUAUGCCUAGCAAGAAAGUAAUUGCAGAAUUCUUUGAUUUCGCAACCAACCCUGAAGUCAUGGGACAACAAACUGUUAACGUCUCCGCUCUCUUAGCCGUCACUAAAUUAUCUCGGUCCAACGAAGCUAACUUAUAUGUCGUCGACACCAUUAUCCCUCGUCUCGCAAGAGAACUGAAACAAGCUGUAAAAAAUGCAGACUCCAACAAAGCUCAAGUUUACAUCAGAGCUCUUGGUAAUUUGGUCAAGCCAGAAGUUUUGGAAGUAUUUGCUCCAUACUUGGACGGUACCGUUGCAGUAUCUAAGUACCUUCGCUUCCAGAUGGUUGCCAGUCUCAAGGCCUUGGCUAACUCUAAGAACGAAUAUGCUCGUGCUGUGCUUUACAGUAUUUUGAGAAAUACUGCUGAACCUUACGAAGUGCGAGUGGUUGCUGCUCUGAACAUCUUCAUGGCUUUCCCUACCGCUGAAAUGAUGCAAGUUAUGGCACACAUGACAAACGAUGAUCCUAGCACCCAAGUACGCGCUGUUUUGGCUAACGGAAUUAAUUUCGCCGCUGGACUAAAAGACCCCCGUUUUGCAGAACUCGCUAAGACUGCUCAAUCUGUUCAAACUAUCGUUUCGAAAGAGAAAUUCGGAUACCGUAUCUCUACUGACAGCAUUAUUGACAAGUACACUACAGAUGACGACAUCGCAUACUUUAGAGAACUUUCAUACGUCGGUAGUGAGGACAACUACUUCCCCGUAUACCAUAGGGCGGCAUUGAGAACCAGGAGCACUGGCUGGACUGAAGAAGACCAGAUUACUAUGUCUGUUACCGGAGUGCAACAACUGCUGGACUACAUCACGCAGAUGAUUUACAAACCAGAUAAUUCUAAGGUUGACUUUAAAUUCUCUGCAAAGGACAUCGUACAAAAACUUAACAUCAAACGGGAACCACAAGACAAGCUCGAAGGUUCUCUUUUCCUUGAGAAUUUGAACCAGCAGAAACUUAUCACUUUCAACGAAGCCGACCUUGAUGCCUUCAUUGCUAGCGCGGUGACGAAUGUACAGCAAAUGCUCAAAGGUGUGGAUGUGCAAUACACUAAGGUGUUGAACCAGAAACAAACAUACGUAAUAUUCCCUCUGGCUGCUGGUGUACCGUUCUUCUUUGAAUACGCUGAGCCACUAAUUAUAUCAUUCAAUGGCCAAGUUAAAGUCAAAGUUGAUUCAAGUGCCAAGGAGUUAGCUGGAUCUUUGAACAAAAAUCUCAACAUCGUCUUUGCGAGAAACUUGGCUGGCAAUGUUGGUUUCCUGGACACGCUCAGUGACGUAUAUACCACAGUUGGUGUCAUCAACAAAAUUCAAUUCCACAUCCCUCUGAAUCUGAACACUGUUGUUGCGCCUGGACAAAUCAAACUGAACUUUGUUCUGCCUGAACAAGAUGCCACCUUCAUUCACCUGAGUGUUUGGCCGUACUCCACUUUGCAAAAGACAGACUCUAUGCUGACUGUUGCUGAAAACCCAACGACUAAGUUCGUCGAACGUGCUGCUAAAACUGUAACUACUGACUUGAAAUUAGGUCAAGUAUCUGGAGUCUCUUUCUCUUUGAAAGGAUAUUCUUACUCAUCAGACUUCAAGAACAUUAACAAACUUUUUAAAUCUGACAUUGUGUCCAACAUUGCCACGAUUAUGUACCAAAAGGACGUUGCUUUGACUCAGUUCGAUUUGAAAUAUAUCGCUAAGGAAACCAAAAACAAGGAUGUCACCUUCGAUUUAUCCUACAAAACAUUGUUCAACCAAAAAGUAAGUGGUGAAUUUGGACCAGCUGCGAUCUUUGAAGAUGUCUCAGCUAAGGCUCGCCGUGAAGAGAUUGUCAAGCGUGCUGCUAAGGGCAUCGAAUCUGCUGAGGUCCAACUUUACGACUUAAGUGCUGUAUUUAAUGGCGAACGUAAAGUAGAGUUUGUAUUCACUGCUGCUAUCGCUGAGAGCUUUGUGGACAACAAGUCUCAAGGAGUAUUUUUAAUCAACGGAUUGAAUCAAUUAAACUUUGUCUACAAGCAAGUUAAGCCUAAAAUCGUUCCUCUAAACUUCGAACAAGCUUUGAAAAACAAAAUUGAGGUAUCGUAUGAAGCUGAUCUGAAAAUCGGCUCCGCCAAAAACUUCCACAUUCAAGGCAAAGGUGUCCGCAGCGAGAAAUACACAGAGCUUUUGUCAAAGGAUCCCUUGGCGAAACAAUGCCUGGAAGAAACCAGCGAAGGUAACACUUACCAGAAGGACUGUUAUAAGUUAAUCAUGAAAGCGCACGCUCCUGACUACUUUAAAUUCAAUGUAACUUACGAAGACUUUGGCGAUGGCUACAUGGACCUGUCAUACAGUACAUACGAGUUAUUCAAACAAUUUUACUCCUGGGAACAGGAAGUGGACACAUUGAAGAAAACUAACGCAGGUGUCAUGGAAGUUGAGAUACAGGCAUUCUACUACGAUAACUAUGUAAACUACGAAUUGACUUCCAAGUUGGGAGUGGUCGCUUUCAAGAAUGUAAAAGGCUUGGGAUAUUACCCAUACGCUAUGGCUUACUAUGCCCCGACUACUGACUGGGAACGUGCUUACAACUACUACUACGGUUAUCAAUACAUGCCUGCUUGUGCUGUGGACAGCAGCAAGGUUCAGACAUUUAGUGGCCGCAGCUACGACUACAGCCUGUCCAGUUCCUGGCACGUUGUGAUGGUUGACGAAUCCAACGAAUUCAAAUGGACUGACUUGGUCAUUCUUGCUAGAAGGCCAAGUGAGAACCAAGAGGAGGUCUACGUCUCUUACAAGACCGAAGGUGGCAAGUACGUUGAGCUAGACAUCAAGCCUGAAAACUUUGACGUUAAGACCAACGGAAAGGAUGUCACUGAUGGCAAUCUGGCUAUCUACUGGGACGAAGACAAGGAAGUUCCCCUGCUACAAAUCUACACUCUUGCUGACGGUGUUAAGGUGUUCAAUAUUAACAAUGGAGCCAUUCGUCUGGUAUACGACAGCCAGAGAUUGGUUGUUUUUACCGACGAACACCGUAAGACAACCAGAGGCCUGUGUGGACAGGAUUCAACCCAAAUCCGUGACGACUACAUGACUCCAUACGGUCUGGUAGACCUCCCCGAGCACUACGGAGCUUCCUUCUCUUUGGAAGGUGAAGGCAGCGACCCUAAGACUGUGGAACUGAAGAAGGAAGCUAAACUGAAGGCGUACCAGCCUGUCACCAAGUACACCAACAUCUUACGCUCCGACGAUGAGUGGAGCAAGGCCAAGAACGAGUCUCAUUAA